UGGUGCUGAGACACUGGGGUGAGGAAUUUCACGGUUGAUUUAUAAUGAACAGACAAUUCUUUGAAAGUCUGGAAAUAUGAAAUUGCAAUUGAUUCUGACGGCGCUCGUAUGUGCAGAAGGCGUAUUCGUCCCUGCCCAGGUGAAACUCCCAGAAAAGCUGAUGUAUCAAAGUGGCGACCUUUUACUUGGAGGUCUCUUGCCCGCUCACGUGUAUGAUUCGUCUAACGAUGCUUGUUCGGACGUGCUGGCCUUCAAUGGUAUCGGACUGCAACAUAUUGAAGCGGUCGCCUAUACCGUCGAUGAACUGAACAGUCGAGACGACAUCCUUCCGAAUAUCACGCUCGGGUUCGUCAUCUUGGAUAUGUGCAGGAAGGACACAACUGCUCUAGCUCAAGCAUUACAUUUUGCACCACACACCUGUGAUGACACGGGUGAUGAAAUCCCAAAGGCAGUCUACGAUGUCGUCUGCGUUAUGGGGCCGUAUUCAAGCUCAAUAAGUACAUCAAUCGCUCAAUUGCUAACAGUAUUCGGAAUCCCUCAAGUGAGUCCAUUUUCAACCAGCGACGUCCUGAGCGACAAAUCAAAGUACAAAUAUUUCAUGAGAACCUCUCCACCCGAUAAGUAUCUCUCCAGGACAAUGGUUGAUAUUAUGAGCUACUUCAACUGGAACUACAUCUCCGCUCUCAACUCUGAAGGGGCAUAUGGGUCGGGAGGAAUUAGUGUUGUAAAGAAGCUGGCUAAACAGAGGGGAAUCUGCGUUGGAUACGCGAAAGAAGUUAAUUCCCUAACAACCGAGGAAGAGUACGAUGAUAUUGUGCAAAGAAUGCGGAAGCUGAAGACACGUGUUGUUGUCAUCUUCAUGAGUUUUGAGUACGCCAAGAAGACCCUGCUAGCGCUCCAGCGAGCAAAUGUGACUGGGGAGUUCAUAAUGAUGUUCAGUGACUCCAUGAACACUCUAGGGGAUUUCAGUGGAUUGGAAGAGAUAGGCUUGGGAGCAUUUGCACCGGAGAUAAAGGUUGAAGAUAUCAGUGGAUCAGACUUCGCUAAGUACUACAACAGCCUUACACCCCAAAACAACACAAGGAAUCCGUGGUAUCCCGAGUUUUGGGAGCAACAGUUUGAUUGCAGUUGGAAUGUGACGCAAAUAUCACAAGGACAGACUGCCUGUUCCGACUUUCCCGUAACCUCAGUCAAAUUAAGCUCGAAACCCUCUCAAGUUAUGAACAUGGUUUAUACCAUCGCACAUGGUCUGGAUGCUCUUAUAAAAGAUAAAUGUGAUGGUACACGCGAUAAUAAAACAGCACUUAGAGCUUGUAUUACUGGACCAGAGUUGUGGCAUUAUAUGAGAACUGCCUCAUUUACUGAAGCCAGUGGAACGAUUGGUUUUGAUGAAAAUGGUGACUUAUUAGGAAAAUAUAAUAUUAAACAAUUACAGUAUGAUCCCAUGCAGGGCUACAACUUGAGACGGGUGGGAGAGUUUGAUGUGACAAGUUUGUCUGUGCAUCUACUUGAGGCUGAGUUAGAUUGGUAUAUCAAAGAAGUUGUCGGGGUUCCCGAUGCAGUAUGUAGCUACCCAUGCGGGGCAGGAGAGUUUAAAAUUCAACUGGAACUCAAGUGUUGCUGGGAGUGCCGAAAAUGUAGGGUGAAUGAGAUCACAGCCUUGAAUGCAACCACAUGCCACGAAUGCCCUCCCUUCCAUUGGCCUAAUAAAGAUACCAUGGAAUUCUGUGAGGCCAUCGAGCCCGAUUACAUAAACUGGAACGAGCCACUGGCUAUCGUCUUGGUGAUCCUCGCCACAUGCGAAAUCAUCAUUAGCAUCGUAUUGGUGAUGUUUUACAUACGGCAUCGUAAUCAACGAUUGAUAAAAGCAUCAAACAGGGAGCUCAGUUUCUUUAUUUUGAUUGCGAAUAUUCUAGCGCUAACGACUGUUUACGUUCUGAUCAGCAAGCCCACUGAUGUGACUUGUGUAGUGAGCAGAUUCCUCUUCAGCAUCAGCUUUGCAUUGGCGUACGGACCGCUUCUAACAAAGACAAACAGGGUGUGGAGAAUCUUCGAAUCUGGGAAAAAGACAAAACAAAGACCCCCUUUUAUAAGCAAUAGGGCUCAAAUCGUAAUGGCCAGCAUUCUCAUCUCUAUACAGGUCGUCAUAACUGUUCUGACAUCGGUACUCAUACCCUCUCCAGCGGAGUUCCGUAUGGUUGUCCCAACAGAGAAAUAUGUGGAGCUAUUUUGCAACUUGCCCCUGGAUGGCUUCAUUCCACCUCUUGCCUACAAUCUAGUUUUAAUCCUUCUCAGCGCCAUCUAUGGAUUCAAAACUCGCAGAUUGCCAGACAACUUCAACGAAUCUAAAUAUAUUUUUUUGUGUGUGUGUGCCACAUUGUUUCUCUGGAUUGCGUUCAUUUCAACAUAUUUUGCAACAUUUCACGCAUAUCAUAAAGUAAUUCUCCUCUCAAUUGCUCUCAUCAUGAACGCUACAGUUUUGAUGUUAUGUCUUUUCGCGCCAAAAGUUUACGCCAUCUAUUAUGUGGACGAGGAAAAGCUGAUACUCGCGUCUAACUCCGCAACAGAACCAGGGACAUCAUCUGCAAAUGGACAGUCGAUAAACGCGAUUGCUCCACAAUAAUUUAGAAAUCAAUAAUUCAACUUGCCAUAUUUAAGGAAAUUUUGAAGUUUUAAUCAGUAC